AUUUUGAAAUGGAUAUCUAAAAAAUCAAUAGAUGGAUAUGUCUGCAUCCUAAUUGCAGCUUGGGAAGAGCAGUUGACACUGUCCCCGAAUUACUAUUGCAUUCGUAACAGCAACAUAAAUUAAUAAAGUUUGAUAAAUUUAGAGAGAUGAUAGUUAGUUUUGUUGAUGAUUGUAGUCUCUCUCGUUUAUCAAACGAAUAGCAUUAUCUGACCAUCAUAAAUAGUAUUUAAGCUCUAAUUAGAUCUCUGAAGGAUUCCCUUCUACUUUUUGAAAAAACUUUUAAAUAGUAAAUUUUGUACACAUAACAAUUCUAGAAAGCUUGAUGAAUUCUAUGAACAAAUCCACCCUCGUUAGAUGUUUGUUGAAGUCACCUAGGCCAUCAUGCAGUAGAGUGAGAUAGACAAAGAAAUCCUGAACAUAUAUUUGGACAAUUACAUCAAGAAAUUCGAGAUCAGUCAAUAAACUUAGCAAAAGCUUUACACAUUGUAAAGUUAGAUCUAAAAUUUUUGUUAAUCACAACAAACAGAUUUACUGAGCUAGUUUGUAAAGCAAUUGCAAUUGCGGGAACCAGCUAAUGUAAUCAAAUAAUCACAGGAAAUUAUAAAUCCUGUGAAAUAAAUAGAGUAAAAUAUUGCUCAAUUCGAUAUCAAACAAUCAAGCAAAGAACUAGUAUUCACUAAAAAUUUAAGAGUUGCUACUACGCAAGACUAUAAGUGUUAUGCUUAUUUCAAGGGAGUUGAUGAAGUCAGAAACAAAAUCAUGCAAGUCAAAUUGAAAGUGCUUAAAGAUGAUGAUUACAUCUUCAACAUAGGAGUAGUUAGUGUAAAUCAUGAUCUAAACGAUUAUGAGGGUUGUUUCCUACUAACUUAGACAGGCACUUUUCUUUUAGAAAGAGAAUCUUCCUAGUCUAAACUCAAAGUAAAUAAUGGAUCAAUCAUUAAAGUCAGAUAUGCGAAAAAGCAUCCCAAAAAGGUUUUCUUUCAGGUUGAUAACAAUUUAAAUGUAAAAUUAUUCUCUAAUGUAAUUAGGAUAAAAUUAAGUUGAAUUAGGAACUCAUCCAUUUUUAAUUUAUGGUUAUUUUAAAAAAUGCUGAGGUUGAAUUAGUGUGA